AAGUGCUCUACCUGCCGUGCGAAUGCCGUGCGCUGAUCUUUCCUUCAGCAUCGACACCGGCGACUUCACGGCGAGGCUCCACCGCUGGUGCAGGAGCGGCCAGGGGCUCACAGUCGGGGCCCAGCCGCGUGGACAAGCUAUUUCAGGAUUUACUUCACUCCACCAUGACACUAAGGAGCCCUGACCAAGUGGUGCAAUUACGGGGCCGGGGCCGCGAUCAACCGAGCUUACUUCCUUCAUCGGCGUCGUUUGCGCGGUUUUUGUCUUCCUGGGCUGCGUUGUCUUCAUCCUCGCCGGGCUCAGCUUGGGUGAAUCGUACGACGAAGAAGAGCCGACGCCUGUUAAAGCCAGCGGUGCAGCAAAGCAAGCACCGAGUGGUGCCGCUGGCGAGCCAGCCUCAAUAGUAAUGGCCUUGCCACCCGCAGUGACUGUGCACGGUAUCCCAACGCAGCCCUCGCAAAUGACACCGACGAGAAAUCGUUGGCUCCGGAGCCCGCUGAUCUGCACCGUCAGCGUAAAGUUCACGAAUGUCAGCAGCAUUCCGGGCGAUGGGCUGUGCGACUUCAUCUUCUACGAGUCGUUCUAUCUGAAGAACAACCCGACCGGCUGGAUCGACUCAGGCCUGGACCACUUCCUGAGGCUUAGCAAGAGCAUGCGCAUUACGGGCGUAGGCGCCUCCUUUUCUCCAGUUAAGGACACGCUGUUCUCGGACGCCCUCAGCGGUAACCUAAACGCUGCUGUAGACAACCUGCGUAGCCGAGGAGUGUCCCAUUUCGGCAUGCUCGGCCUGUACCGCCGGUACAUCUCGGCGCCCAAGUUCUUCGAAUGCCUCAGGAUUCUACAGGAUAUCCGCGAGCACGUAAACUCCCAAGUACCGUCGAACGUGCCCGCUCCAGCGUUCUACACUGUCGUCGGCGCACUCUUCGAUGAACCGUUCCUUUAUCAGAACAUCGACAGAUCCAAUGGCAUCACCGAGCCAUCGUUCUAUGUGGCCCUCACCCAUGUGCCCUACGCCGACAGGAAACGCACAGACUGCCGCAUUCUGCCUAUGACCAUGCUAAACUUCCCCGCUGAUCCACCGCGCUGGGAAUUCAAAUACGGCAUCUCCAUCAAGGAAGCCAUGAGCAACCUGAAGUGGAUGCAGAGCCACAAGUGGGACUUCACGUGGAUGGCCAUAUCUUUCUCCAUGCGCGGCCGCAUCUAUGCGGCGACCAACGCCAGCGGCGGGAAGAAUGCGGACAACCUGUUCCGCCCAUGCAAAGACUUCAGUGGCCCCCGCGUCAUGUACAACGCCCAACCACAGAUGCGCUGCCCCUCUUCCCACGGAUGGAAGUACCGUUUUCGAGACGACGUGGUCGGCGAGUAUAGCUACGACGCUGUCGAGGGCCUCACGAUGGUGUUCGACUCCGAAAUAUCAAUGAGAAAAAAGAUAUGUGAGGCGAAGGCCGCUUACCCGGACGUCCCCUUCGGCAUCGCCGCCUAUGACGUCGAAUACGACUCCAAUGCCGCGGACUGUCCGACUAUGCAGAUCGGCGUCGGUGCCUUCAGGCGUCUGAAGGCGCUGCAGCGGCUGAACGAGUUUAUUGACAAAGAAUUCAAAGACGCCUCCUACCUGCAAAAGUGCCUAGGCGUACCCGUCUCUUGAGAAAACGCCCCCUUUCGCCACAACGACUUCGUCUGUCGCUCGUAACUUGUGCAAGUUACCGAAAAUAAUUGUUCUUGCUAUCCAUGGCACUAUGUGCACUCUUCAAAAUGGUGACAGCGAAUAUAAAGAAAUGAGAAUAACUGCA